GUUCCUGUAACCACUGCAUGGCUAUCAUUUCCUGGACCUUUUCUGAAUCUAGAUCCUGACUGACGAACUUUUUGUAGCAAUUACAACAACUCCAGAAUGGAGGUGCCCCUGGUAUCGUAUGCAAAUACGCACGCUGACGUAGUUGAUCAUGUGGUUUUUGGCGUAGAUCCCCCUGUGAACGCGAUUUUUUUUUCUGCUGUUGUCUGGCGGAUUCGGUCGAAUCUCUUGGAUAAAUCGUCGUAUUCGGUUGUUUUGGUCGGUAAAAUAAUCCGCUUUGGACUUCGUUUACUGGUACCCCGGCUUCACAGCACAUCAUUCGUGGUGGGCAGAUUGGGUGAUCUGGGAUGAAGUCUCAUGAAGUCCCUCAUUGGAGCUGACAUUAACAGUCAGCAGAAAAAACAAGUGCAGACUCAUUACAAGGCAGCAACACCCCCUCCUCCCCUGCUGUCAUUUUCCCCACAACGUCUGUCUGACAGUCCUAGGUGACCUAGGCCAUGGCCAGUCGAAGGAAGACCACGACCCCAUGCAGAGCUGAUGCUGACGACCGACCUGAUGACGUGACGGAACAGGACGAUCCAGGUGAGAUGGAGGUGGAUCCGUCGGCGAAUGACAGCGGCGCCGUCGAGAACGGCUCCACGGACAUGCUACCUGGAGAGGACUGGAACUCUGGGACGGAACCUGGUUGUUCGCGCCAGGAGUCGCCGGCACCAGAGAAACCAGAGGUGCAGGAUUCCAAGCCACAGAGGAAACAGUCGGGGGGCUACGAAUGCAAGUACUGUCCGUUCUCUACGCCGAACCUAAACGAGUUCAAAGAGCAUGUCGACUCCAGUCACCCUAAUGUCAUUCUCAACCCGCUCUACCUGUGUGCUGUGUGCAACUUCAACACAAAGAAGUUUGACACCCUGACGGAGCACAACGAAAGGUUUCAUCCAGGGGAGAGCAACUUUAAGUUCAAAAGAAUCAAGCUGAACAAUCAGACCAUCCUGGAGCAGACGAUCGAGAGAGCAAGCAGCGCUGUCGUCUGUGAUUCCACCAACAGCACUCUAACUGGAGACUUUGGCACUUUCCCACUCAGCAAAUCCACAAAUGUGAAAAUCAGUAAGCCAAAAACAGACAAUAAAAGGUUAUUGACAGAAAAUCUAUCUGAGAGACUCAACCCUGAGCUCGCCAAAAAGCAGAUCACAGCAGUGAAUGUGAACGGGACUGUGAUCAUACCAGAAGCAACCCUAAAAGACGGACUUUCUCAUAUCAUGCCUUCUCUUCAGCGUCCACCUAACUACAACUUAGUACCAAAAAUCGCUGUCCCUUUGAACACCUCCAAGUACAAUCCUUCACUAGACUGUAACCUGACACUCAUCACAUCCUUCAACAAGUUCCCGUACCCAACUCAAGCAGAGCUAUCCUGGCUUACCGCGGCCUCAAAGCAUCCAGAGGAUGAGAUCAAAGUGUGGUUUACCACCCAGAGGCUAAAGCAGGGCAUCAGCUGGUCCCCGGAAGAAGUAGAGGAAGCCAGAAAGAAGAUGUUUAACGGUACCAUUCAUUCAGUCCCACAGACAACCUUCACUGUAUUAAACAGUGCCCAGCUGACUCAAGCCAACAAAGGCCAGCAGUCCCUUGUUCAAACCGUCCCAUUUAACCUUCUUGGACAGACCAGUUAUGUGUUGACGCCGGUCGCAAACGGUUCAACCGUCAGUCGUUCGCCUAUUACGUUAACCAUGGCCAACCAGGUGGUGCAGUCUGUAAAGCGACCCUUGGCAGCUCCGGUAGUUGUCUCUGAGAUCAAACGUCCCUCCAUAAUCCAAACAAUUCAGGCACCUACAACGAAACUGGUGGCUUCGCCUAAACCCAGCUUCACUUCUGACACCAAUAAAACUCCAGACCAGAUUGCGGUGCUAAAAGCUAGCUACACCCAGUGCCAGUUCCCUGAAGAGGAGGAGGUGUAUCGUCUCAUCGAGUCCACCGGCCUCUCCAGGGGUGAGAUCAAAAAGUGGUUCAGCGAGCAACGCCUUCUCAACCACAAGGUGGUGCCUCAGGUGAUCAAGAUCGAGCCCCAGGUGUCGAAUGACAUUCAGCCCAAAAAGGCAGUCCCAACACAGUUUCCUCUCCUAGAGAGGCUUAAAGGUAAAUCCUCUGAGCAGCUCAAUAUGCUAGAGGAGAGUUUCCAGAGGAGCAGUUCCCCCACAGAAGCUGACGUCAACAACCUUGUCGUGGGCACAAGGCUCUCUAAGACCGAGAUCGACUGCUGGUUCUCAGAGCGCAGAGCGCUCCAGGACAAUCUUCAGCAAGCUCUGGCAAACUGCUUGGGUUCAAAACCCCUCGAGGAGCCACGGGGAAUAGGUCUACUGAAUGGUAUUCAUGAACUGGACAACAAAGUCCGGACCUCACCUCUUCCCGUUGUCACAACCUCCUCCAACACCAGCCAAGAGCCCAUUGACUGCAAAUCGUUGGAACUCCUCAAAGAAGUGUUCAGCCAAACCCAGUGGCCAUCGCCAGAGGAGUACAGUCAGCUGGAAGCCCAGACUGGGCUGGAUCGCACCGAGAUGGUCCGCUGGUUCAAGGACAACCGUUCCGCCCUGAAGAACGGAACCUUGGAGUGGAUGGAUCGGUUCCAGAAUGUCCACGGCAAAGCAGGACAGAACGGCCCGAGCUCGUCGACAUCAGCCAUCGCCGAACAACCCCCGAGCGGCACUCCUAAGCAGCACCUAACGGAGGCCCGGGUGUCCCUGAAGGGGGAAGACGUGGCGGAGAAGCUCCCGGAUAGGUCGAAACUCAUCAACCAGGACAUAGUUCAGUGGUUUACCAGUAAGCUGGGCCAGAGCAUGACGGACAUCAGCAGGACCAGGGACCAACAUGGCCAGACCAGCGUGGACAGAAGCAGGUGGGUGAAGGUGACCAUGGCUGUUGGGGACGAGACUAAAGGUGCUUUAGAGAACCAGAGGGUCGUAUCAGAGCCAGAGGUGCUGGUGGGAGACCAGCCGAGCCAGGUGACCGGUUGAAAAAAGCAUGAGGACAACAGAGGAUGCUGAGCUUCUCAGACAGAAGAUUAUCAAGAUUGUUAAAUCCACAACCAAUGAUUUCCUACCUGUCCUAUGAUGUGGGAAGCACAGUGGACAGUAGAGCCCACUCAAAACACUGACUUGCAAGACCAUUGAGUGCCAAAGCUGGACUUGAUGCAUUGUUAUCACAAAAAAGGGCCCUUGUAAAUAUUUUUAUGUAUUGCAAAAGCUUUGUAAACAUUUUGGGGUUGAUAGUUUUGUUACAUUUAUAAUAGGAGUCCCCAAUAACCCCAAAAAGAGGAAUGUUUUCGUUUUUAUGAAGAUGACAGUAAUUAUAAAACAAUUCACCAGUUGGUAAUUUUGUUAAAAAAGGAAGAGAAAGUAAUUGAAGCGACUACAGCUGGUCAUAAAUGGCACUUAUUUCAUCUGGAACAAGUAACACUUCCGCUUCGACAGAGUUCAUCCAUUGAGCGAUAGGUUUUAGUGGUUUGCCACCAAACCGUAGUAUCACCUAGCCUGGGUACCAGACGAGUGUAAUGAUAGCACAAAAACAGGUCUGCUAGACACCAAUCAAUAAAACAGAAACAAGGAAAUGCACUGUAUGUGUUUUUGUAGCCAGUUCGGUUUAAACUGCAGCUCUUGUUGCGUUGGUAACAGGUUUCUUUUAUCGUGUGUUUGCUUUUUAGACAGCCCCAUGUUGUUUCGCUACAUUUCAGUGGCAGAUUUGAGAUGGCUCGCUAGAGUUUUUCCUGCUGCUACCAUUAGUGACUCAUGUUCAUUCAUGUAUCUGGAACACGGUACUGCUACCAACAAUCUCUUUGCUUGCUCUCUCUCUUUUUUAUCAGUCUGCUGUAACUCAAUAAAACACAACCAACUGAA